AAGGGAAUAAAGUAUUUCUUCGUCCUCGUCAAUCACACAUACUAUCAAAAAAAGUAAAGGGAUCAAGGAAAGGAAUACAAAUUGCUCUUGUCCACUUAAUCUUACCCAUAACCACUUUCACCAUAAUGAGUCCAUGGUUUGAUAAGCAUGUCCCUUGUCUUUAUUCCAAGCUAUAGCACAAGUGAUUGAUUAUCGAUACACAAUAGUGACGGAGAUCACCAUAUACCACUAGAAAUUUCAGUUUUAUUUUCCAAAAAAACAAUAACAUUAAUGGAUGAUCAAGAACCAGAGCUACUGCCUCCUCAUGUACUCAUCUUCCCCUUUCCGGCACAGGGUCAUGUCAACUGCAUGCUCAAGCUCGCCGAGCUCCUCUGUCUCGCCGGCCUCCACGUCACUCUCCUCCUCACCCACCAUACCCACAAUCGCCUCCUACGUUACGCCAACGUUCUGUCCUCUUUCAGUCGAUAUCCCGGAUUCCGAUUCGAAACCAUUUCCGACGGCCUUCCGUCAGAACACCCACGUUCCAGCGACCAACUCUCGGAGUUGUUUGAUUCUAUAAAACACACUUCCAAACCACUUCUCAAGGAAAUUAUGCUUUCCACUCGUCAUCAUGGUGAACGCCGGCCGGUGACUUGCGUCAUAGCCGACGGAAUACUGGGUUUUGCAAUGGAUGCUGCGGAAGAGGUUGGCGUUCCAAUUAUUUAUUUCCGUACAAUAGGUGCCUGUGCUUUCUGGGCUUUUUUUUGCAUCCCACGACUCAUUGAAGCUGGAGAGCUUCCCUUCAAAGGUAACGAGAUGGAUGAAGCUAUAGAGAAUGUACCGGGAAUGGAAGAUUAUCUCCGACGUCGUGAUCUCCCGAGUUUUUGCCGGGUGGGUGAUUUGGCUGACCCGGUUCUCCGAUUGGUGAUUGAUGAAACCCAGAAUACCACUCGAGGCCAAGCUCUGAUACUCAACACGUUUGAGGACCUAGAAGGACCCAUACUCGCUCACAUACGCACCCGUUGUCCAAAACUCUAUACCAUCGGACCACUUCACUUGCACGUGAAGACUAGACUCAUACAAGAAACAAAGUCAUCUUCUUUAAACAGUACUACGUGUUUAUGGGAACAAGAUCGGAGUUGCCUGACGUGGCUCGAUUCUCAGCCGUUAAAAUCUGUGAUCUACGUGAGCUUUGGAAGCAUUACACCGAUGACAAAGGACCAAGUCAUGGAGUUUUGUCACGGUUUGGUGAAUAGCGGGAAACGGUUCUUGUGGGUCAUACGACCGGACUCUGUUAAGGGUUGGGAGGGUCAGAUUCCGGCGGAGGUCAGGGAGGGGACCAAGGAGAGGGGGUAUAUAGUGGGCUGGGCUCCACAGGAGGAGGUGUUGGCCCACCAAGCUGUGGGUGGGUUUUUGACCCACAGUGGAUGGAACUCAACUUUGGAGAGUAUGGUAGUUGGAGUGCCCAUGAUUUGUUGGCCAUAUUUUGGUGACCAGCAGGUGAACAGUAGGUUUGUGAGUGAGGUCUGGAAGCUUGGUUUGGACAUGAAGGACACGUGUGAUAGAGUUGUGGUGGAGAAGAUGGUCAGAGAUCUGAUGGAGAAGAGAAGGGAUGAGUCCAUUCUAUCGGCGGAUCAGAUGGGGAAAAUGGCGAGAGAAUCUGUGAGAGAAGGUGGGUCCUCUUACUCUAAUCUGGACCGUUUGAUUGAUGACAUAAGAUUGAUGAUCAUGGGAGGAGAAAAAUAGGCUCAGUUUGUCUUCAAAUUGAAGUUCUUUUUCUCAAACAUUAAUAAGACUAAAUGUUAUAUUUCUUCGUCUAUAGACUCAAAACAAUGAAUGUUGAGCUUUCAAUUGAUUUGUUUAGUGAAGUGUAUAUAAAUAAAGUUUCGUCUUUAGUUUGUUGAUUGAUCAA